UAAGUCAGCUGCUCCAUCCUUAUACUUUACAGAUCGGAGGAACAUUAGUCGGUAUGUGACGCGGCAGUAGCUCGGACUUUCAUUAUUACGUAAGCGCUCCAGCGGCAGUGUCUCUGUCUCAUAACAAACAGUACGAAAGUUAAUUUGUGCCUUUUCACCGCCAUGGCUUCUAAAACCACAAAAGAAACCGAGAAACACUGCGUCCUGUGCUGCCAAGAAGUCAACAUCUUCGCUUUGGGAAAAUGCGACCACCCGGUUUGUUACCGCUGCUCCACCAAAAUGAGGGUGCUGUGCGACCAGAAGUACUGCGCCGUCUGCCGGGAGGAGCUCGACAAGGUGGUGUUCGUGAAAAAACUGGAGGCCUUCUCAUCUCUGCCCUACCAGCAGUUCCCCUGCGAGAAGAAGCAUGAUAUCUAUUUCUGUGAUGAGAUGAUCUAUGCCCAGUACAGGCAUCUGCUGUUGCCGGAGUGCCUCCGCUGUUCAGAGCCGAAGGUCUUCUCCAAGUUUGAGGAGCUGGAGCAGCACAUGAGGAAGCAGCACGAGCUCUUCUGUUGCAAGCUCUGCUCAAAGCAUCUCAAGAUCUUCUCCCAUGAGCGCAAAUGGUACAACCGUAAAGAACUGGCACGUCACAGAGCGCAUGGAGACCCGGACGACACCAGUCACAGAGGACACCCGCUCUGCAAGUUCUGCGAUGACCGUUACCUUGAUAAUGAUGAGCUGCUUAAACACUUGCGCAGGGACCACUACUUCUGCCAUUUCUGUGAUGCCGACGGUUCCCAGGAGUACUACAGCGAUUACCAGUACCUGAGCGAGCACUUCAGAGAAAGUCACUACCUAUGUGAGGAGGGCCGCUGCGCCACAGAACAGUUCACUCAUGCAUUCCGCUCUGAGAUCGACUACAAAGCUCACAAGGCUGCUGCACACAGCAAGAACCGAGCAGAGGCUCGACAGAACCGCCACAUCGACCUGCAGUUUAACUACGCCCCGAGGCAGCAGAGGAGAAAUGAAGGUCUGGUGACAGGGGAGGACUAUGAGGAGAUGCGUCAGAGUCGAGGGGGAAGGGGAAGGCUUCAUGGGGGACAGAAGAGCUGGAGGUACUCUCGAGAGGAAGAGGACAGGGAGAUGGCAGCUGCUAUGAGGGCAUCAAUGGCAAAGCGCAGACAGGAGGAGAGAGGAGCAAUGCAGGAGAGGAGCGCUCCCAAACACUGCAGAGAGGAGAGGACUGAGAGACCAGAACCAGAAGAGCCCAGAAACAGGACCGGAAACAUCAAACAAAUAAGUAAACCUCCAGUGAGAACAAUGAAAAGCACCAGUCCAGGGGAAGAAGAGGACGACUUCCCAGCUUUAGGAGCCACAGCUGCCCCAUCCAUGGUGAAGUCAGCUCCAGCGAUAACAGCAGCACAUGCGGCUCUGAAAGAAGACGACUUCCCGAGCCUCUCAGCUGUAGCUGUAUCAUCCCCCAUGACCCCAGCUUACUCUGCGCAGCCAAGGAAGACUUCGUCCUUCCAAGAGGAGGAUUUCCCCGCUCUCGUGUCCAAAAUCCGGCCUCUCAAACACACAGCUAGCACCAACUCCGCCUGGUCCAACCACACUGCUGCAGCUAAACCCAUCUCCCAGCCCCCUCCAUCCUCCAGACCUUCCCCUCCACUCUCCUCUGCGCCCUCAGGCCCUCAGCUCCUCUCGUCCUCAAACUCUUCAUCAUCACGGAGGAAAAAGAAAGUCGGGGACAACGGAAAGGCACCAACCACCCGGUCUCCUCCUUCCUCUGAUGACGAUAACGGAGGAUUGACGCAGCAGGAGUUUCGCUCAGUGCCCACCAUGUUGGAUAUCUCCUCUCUGCUCACUGUUAAAGGAGGCAACAACAAAUCCUCCUCCGUUGCCUCCAACCCGACCGCCAGCACUGAUCCUCCUACCUCUAAAGCCAGUAAGAAGAAGAAACAGCAGAAGAACACGGCUGCUCCCUCCACUUCUGUGUCUUCAACAUCAGGGACGACACAAACUGUAAGUACGAUCUCAGUGGAAAAGGCAGCACAAAAGGAGAACGUCCCUGAGAAGACCUGGAACAAACCGCCCUCCAGUUCUGUGACGCCGACACUCCUGAGUGGGUUGGCUAACGGCCACUCUGAGAAAUCACCACCUGCCAGUAAGAAGCCAGCUGUGGCAACCUCUCAUCCCAAGGCAGACCCCCCUGCUGAACCAGAGGAAGAGUUCCCUGCUCUCACGACCAAGAACCCGCCACCAGGCUUCAAGUCUUCCUUCCCGCUGAAGGCGUCAGCUUCUGCCCCAUCUUCCACUCUGCCCCCAUCUUCCACUCUGCCCCCACCUCCACCCGGCCUGGGAGUCUCAGCCACUAAACCUCCUCCAGGUUUCACUGGGAUCCCCCUCAACAGCAAUGUGGUGGAGCCCGCUCCGACUGCAGUCAACCUGCCACCGAAGGUGUCGAGCAGUGGUUACCUGGUGCCAGAUGACUUCCACCAGAGAAACCUGGAUCUGAUCCAGUCCAUUAGAAAGUACCUCCACAACGAUGAGUCAAAGUUCAACCAGUUCAAAAACUACUCUGCACAGUUCAGACAGAGCGUGAUAUCAGCAGCGCAGUACCACAGCAGCUGUAAGGACCUUCUUGGAGAUGACUUUAACCGCAUCUUCAACGAGCUGCUGGUGCUCUUGCCGGACACUGGCAAGCAGCAGGAGCUCCUGACUGCCCACGGAGACUGUAAGGCGCUGGAGAAGCAGUCCGGCACUGGAGGAGGGAAGAAAAACAAGAACAAGAAGAACGCCUGGCAGACGCCGACCACAGUGGCCAACACUGCGGCUGAGCUGGAUUGCCAGGUGUGCCCCACUUGCAGACAGGUACUUGCCCCUAAAGACUUUAACUCCCACAAGACCCUGCACAUCAGGGACAGUGAGGAGUUCCCUUCCUUGCAGUCAAUUAGCCGUAUCAUCAGCUAGCCACCUCUUGUUUUCUUUUCUCCGCUCCGUUUGCAGUUGUGGGGCGAUUUAUCAGUUUCAGCCAGAGUGGAAAACAGUUUCCCAUGUGACCACGUCCCAGUGGAGUUUGGGGCUUAUAGCUCAUGACGAAUUGGAAUUUAAGAUGGUUUAUGGUGUUUUUGCGUUUAAAGGGGAUCAUUUUGAUAGGUUCGUGUGAACGAUUUCACAGUUUAAACACACAGGGUCGCUCCAUUACAGCUCUUAUUUCCGCUUUGAGGACGUCUCCAGCUGGCACUGGCACUGGCAACGUCAAACUAAAACUGUUGAUUUUAUUUAAUGAAAGAGGACAGACAAGCUAAGGCGUUACUUGAAUUCAUCGCUCCCUGACACAAAAAUUGUAUUGAUAUACAUUUUUUACCUUGCUUUGUGUUUUCACCUUAACAGAGGACGACAAAAUGUAUUUUGUUAACAUCAGAACUGAUAAAGUGUGUAUGUCUCCCCCAGCGGGGCCGCUAGGUUAAACAACAAAAUAAACACAAAGGUUCGGUUCAACGUUCAGCACCAUAUUUAUUUAAAUGCAGCUGUUUAAUUGCUUUUAAUUGUUCGUUGCUUCAUGCAGAGGAAGGCAUGUUGAGUGUUUGAGUGGGAGGAUUGUUCCUGUUGUGUGGGAGGGUGAGUGACAAGUUAUGCUGCUUCAGGAAUUAGAACAAUUUUUUUAAUGUAUACCAGCUUUUUUAAUUGUCUUCACUCACCAUUAGACAUGAUUUAUUGACAGAUGGAUUGAUUUAUUCGGUGAUGACCAAACAAUAAGAGUGUCCUUGCAUGCUUUUUACGGUUAGGUUUUAAUGAUACAUCUACUUUUUUAAGGUUUACUAUGCAGGAUUGUCUGUUGUUUGUAAGCAGGCUCGCGCAACCCCAGAUUCAUUCUCGUUGGGUGUUUUGCCUCGCUGUAAUUACAGUUUUUUGAUCAUGGUGUCUCUUAAACCCCUUUCACUUCCUGUUUAAGGGGCAAUAUUGCAUCAUUGUGCUGCCUUGCCGUUCUGUGGAAAAGGUAUGAUUGCUGAAUAGGGGAUAGAGUUGUCAAGCAGACAGCAGAGGUAGUAACAGCACCAAAACGACGUCUCCGUAAACAGGACAGCCAGCAGGACGGGACUAUAGGCUGGACAGCGUUACACAUGCGACCCACUGCGGGAAAUGAAAAAGCAGCUAGAAGCAGUUAGCAGUAGGGUUGUACCCGAAUCAGAAUUAUGUCCGUUAAAUUAGAUUCGGCUGUUCAAUUCAAAUAUUUGAUGGUGGCAUUCAUUUAAUAUAGUAAACAAGCGAAUGGUGCUAAUGACAGAUCGUAAAUGCACAACAAAUUUUUUUGCAGAUCGUAACGUGUUAACUUGCUGUGAGCUGUAAAUUCACCACUUCUUCACCUUAUGGUGCUGUCGCUCUCUCCCUUCGUGCCGCUACGUGAAUGUCAGCAGCUGCUUGUACCAAAGAGUUGUAUGAAAGUCAAGAGCACUCACUCUGCAGCAAAAUCUGGGGACCAAAAUGUUCCCAGAAGCACACUGCUUAGCACACUGAGCAAAACAAAAAACAAAAAAACAACUGCUUGACUUGAAGAAAUCUAAUUCGAAUGAGGGGUCUCCGACUGAUCAUUUAAAUCUCCAACUUUCUUUAGGCAGCCCUACUUAGCAGCUAACUCAAAGAAGAAGAAUAGCACUUUCAAAUGUCAGCAAAUUAGGAAAAAAAGAUUCGGGAGCUCCUUAACCUUCUGGGAGAUCGACCGCCAUGUAACAGGAACAGUAAAUGAUUGUUAUUGCCAUGUUAAUACCCUAUUUAUUAUUUAUAAAUCUCUGCUGAAGUGUAUGUUAUAUUACACAUUCAGGGCCGAUGCCGUUAUGUCACAAACAAAAAAAUUCCGCACCGGAGCGACAUGAUGCCACUGUUUUUUGGUUCUUUGUAAAAAUGUGAAGGCAGCGCAAAAGGAGGGACUUAGCGUCCCUAUAGCGCAAUCUCUGUGUAAAAACGGCUUUGGAUGCCUGCUUUUUGCAAUCUGGCACCUGGUCAUUAUCUUUUUGUAAACGUCCUGAGCACGGAUAAUAAUUUCUUUUUAAAAAAAGGCAGAGGACAGGAUUUCUGCAGAAAAAUACAUUGUAUAGACAUUGUUAUUAGGGAAAUCCUGCAUAGUAUACCUUAAAGGAUCUGUGGUGAAAUGAGACAUUAACCAUUGAAGUUACCAGUAGCUCUUUUCAUUCAGAUUUUAUUGAGGUAUACAUAUUACUAUAAUGAGUUUAUCAUUAACAAAUGAAUGCUUGCAACACAAAAAGCACUGUAAUUUUCACACUCUCCACUCCUCUGCCUCCAUUUGAUUUCCAGCUUUGACACACUGGGCAUGUUUACUCUGUUAGAGGGGGACUGGUCACAUCCAGUACACAAUCUGUUCAUCUUCUCUCUCAGGACCCUUCGCCUGCACCACUGCCCACCUGGGUGUGUGUCUGUCCUGCGUGUGUCUGUCGUGUGUGUGUAUGUGUAUGUGUGUAUGUGUGUGCCUGAAUGAGUGUGUAAAUAGAGUUUGUCUAUACAUCACACAGCAGCUCACACUAUUUUCUGUCUGGCUUCAAUAAAGCUGUUUCUGUCAGCA